UGACAGACUGAAGCAGAGGAGUGAACACAAGAGGUGAUUACUGCCACAGAACCCGGUCUGAUGAAGUUUGAAAACAAGGAGCAGACUAAGCUAUGAGAAGUUCCUCUCUAGGCGCGUAAUCGAGCAGCACAUCUAUCUCCAAGAGUCUUUCUGCGUAAAGGAUGCCUCAGCUGAAGAAGUGACAAUGACGUCCAGUCAUAAGAUUUCCUUUUCUAUAGUUGACAUAUUGGAUCCGAACAAAUUCAACAGUAAGAAGGUAAACGAACUUUCCAUCAUCAAGGAGAAGUUGUUAGCUGCGCCAAACGCGGAGAGAACAACUUUGGAGUCGGACAGCACUGCAGGUGGAGACUCCAGACUAGAGCGCACAGAAGCAGAAGAUGCAAGAGAUGAACAAUCUGCACUCUCCAGGCAUCCCGAAGUUGUUGUAGACCCCAUUCUGCUCUCCCCACCUGCGGACACGGAGCCCUGUCUGACCGGGCAACAGGACAGUGUAGACGGGGAGUCAGCGGUCACCUUGCAGGACCAGUCAACGCACAAGCGCCGGCGCCCUGACCAGGCCUGUGCCAAACCACGGCGAGCAAGAACAGCGUUCACUUACGAACAGCUUGUGGCCCUGGAAAACAAGUUCCGCGCAACUCGGUACUUGUCUGUGUGCGAGAGACUAAACCUGGCCUUGUCACUAAGUCUGACCGAAACCCAGGUGAAAAUCUGGUUCCAGAACCGGAGGACCAAGUGGAAAAAGCAGAACCCCGGGGCGGACAGCACCUUGCAGCCCGGCUCCAACUCCCUUAUUAAUGUUAGUCCGAACCCAGCCACCUGUGGGUCGAGCUCUGCCAGCUUCCACCAAACUUUCUCCAACUUCACCUCUGGAAAUGUGAUCUUCCACGCAGCGGGUGGUGUUCCGCUUUCAACCACUGGAGGGCUCCUGCAUCCCUUCAUGUCCAGCGGAUUCGUCCAGCCGUCUUACUUUAAUCCACAUUUAUAAAACAAACCAAGACUGAUAUGUUGCAGCUGGUUAUACUCGGAGAAAAGUGAUUUUUUGUAACACUUUGGGACAAAAUAAAUGCUCAUAUGUUGUCAAACUGACUCACCAAGAUGAGAGUUUAUAAUUAUCAAUGCCCUAUAAAAGGCUAUAUUUCCAAAAUAAGUGACCCAUAACUUGUGAGCUCAACCAUAAUUUAAGCAAUUAUUUAAGUGUUUCUUAGUUCUGCACUAAUAGUUUGUGACUGGAUCUGCCGACACACCCCUCAACAGUUGAUUUGACAGCUCAUAUUCUGUAUCAACAUAUUGUGUUACACCUGAACCUGUGGCAUAUUGGUACACUGUCUCUACCUCCCAAGUGAAUGCACAUCUUUUUCUCUUGUCAUUUAUACAAAAUUAUCAGUGUAAC